ACCGUGCUGGGGCGCCCGCCGCGGGCCGCGCUGCCCGGCUGCGCCGCCGGGGUGCGGGCCGGCAGGGCGCCACGGGCCGGCAGGCGCCACGGGCCGGCCCGGCCCCGCACGGCACGGCACGGCUCGGCACAGCGCGGCCUCGCGGGAGGGCGGCUGCGAUCCGCCGCGGCCGGCGAUGGGAGAUGGAAGGAGCCGGCGGUGCGGCAGGAGCACUUGCGCGGGAUAACGAUGUAUCGGCUCAUGCCCAGACUGUUGCCAAGGCCAAAUAUGAAUUUUUAUUUGGUUUGGCAGAAGAGAAGCCUUCAGAAAUGGGUAGUGGCCAUAGAAGCAGCACUUUGCUCCCUCAUACCAUCAUCAAUGAAUUUCCAGAGUAUGGCACCGUAGAGCCAAGUGGAGAUGUGCCGAGGGCUUCAUUGCCACACCAGGGAGAGCCUGUGACAUGCAGCCCUGAAAGAUGGGACGGUCACUCCUGCGUACCCAGCAGGCCCCUUCCUCAGCGUGUGGCUCCUGCAGACAAUUUGAGGCUGGGCACUGAGGCAGCAGAGCUGCACAUCCCUGGAGAAGGUUUGCAGCCUGUAGGUAACCUGCCAGAGAUUAUGAAAAUCUCCCAACGGCUGAAAGCAAUAAAGGCGCAAGAGGAAGAAAAUACUUCUCUUGAUUCAGAGACGCAAAUGGAAAAAAAGAUUGUUACUGGCAGCCAAAAUGUGCAGGCAGCCAGAGAACCAGUUUCAGCAGGCCAAGAAAAACCCUCAGACAUGCCUCUUCCACCUGAACGAACAGCUGAGGAAAAAAUGCAUUUGAUCGUGGACAAAGAUCUGGCUGCAAUAUGGACUGAAGAAAAGCAGUCUGAGUCCUUGCAAGCCGUCAGUAAUAAAGCCGAGGAGGACCACGCAGUACAGGAGACAAGCUGUCAUAGACCAUCUGUGACAAACCUGGAAGCAGCCAGCAGACUGGAAGGGUGGGCGCAUUUUGAGGAGUUUUCAGCAUAUAGUCAAGGCAAAAUGCAAAUGGGUCCUGAGAGGAGGCUCUCUAAAGAGGCAGCUGUGAGCAAACAUGUAGAAUUUCAAGGGGUGGAGAUUUUAUGGCUGCAAAAAGCCGAGGAGCAGAAAAGAAAGAAGCACUCACUGCUGGAGUCUGUGUCUGUGGAGAGGAAGGUAUUCCCCAAAACCUCCAGGCACCCAGUGCCACCAAUGGUCUCCCCAGGCUUGGUCUCCUUGCCAGACAGCGCUUGGAGCGAGGUCUGUGAGGACCCAAGGCUGGGACCCACUGCCUCUGGAGCUACUCCUCUGGAGCUCCUUGGUGAAAGUGGGGAGGGUGUACCUUUUGUGAAGGACAAGAAGAACCACGGCCAGGAGGAGAUGCCCAGAGGCCAGGGCAGGAUGAUGGAGGAGGGGGAAGCAGCCAUGGGAGGAUAUGAAGAUGUCCUCGGACAGAGGCACUCUGAUGUCUCCACUGAUCUGUACAGCUCACAGUUUGAAAACAUCCUGGACAAUGCAUCUUUAUACUACAGCGCGGAGUCGCUGGAGACGUUGUACUCAGAGCCUGAUAGCUUCUUCAGUUUUGAGAUGCCUCUCACUCCCAUGAUCCAGCAGCGCAUGAAGGAGGGUGGCCAGUUCUUAGAUCAGACAUCAGCCUUGGGGCAGCCAGAUGUCCUGCAGCUUCCCCCUGAUGGGGAGGUGAAGGGCUGUGGUGAAGGCAUCGCCAAUGGCUUAAGGGAUGUCAGCGAAACGCUCUUCAGAGGAAACGUCACAGAAGUCCCUCGUUUGGAAAGCAAUGCUGAACUGCAGAACGUGGUGUUAAAUUCCAGUGCUGCCAUGGGGAGCAAUGAACUCCAGGAGAAAGAUGCCACCAGAACCCUUGGCCAUGAUCUCAGCAAUGGCAGCAGCAGCAAUUUGGAAGCAGCCAGGCGCCUGGCUAAGCGCCUCUACCAUCUGGACAGAUUCAAACGCUCUGAUGUGGCAAAGCAUUUGGGUAAAAACAAUGAAUUCAGCAAGCUUGUGGCUGAAGAAUACCUUAAGUUUUUUGACUUCACAGGCAUGACGCUGGACUACUCGCUCAGGAGUUUCUUUAAAGCCUUUUCACUUAUUGGAGAAACUCAGGAACGAGAAAGAGUUUUAAUCCACUUCUCCAGCAGAUACUACCAGUGCAACCCCAACACUAUUUCUUCUCAAGAUGGAGUUCACUGUCUCACGUGUGCCAUGAUGCUGCUGAACACAGACCUGCAUGGCCACAACAUUGGGAAAAAGAUGACCUGCCAAGAGUUCAUUGCUAACCUCCAGGGGAUGAAUGAUGGGAAAGAUUUCCCAAAAGGGCUGUUGAAGGCCCUCUACAAUUCAAUCAAGAAUGAGAAGCUGGAAUGGGCAGUGGAUGAAGAAGAGAAAAAAAAGUCUCACUCAGAUGGUAUGGAUGAAAAGGAUAAUGGGAGCCAGACGAAGGCUGUCAGUCGAAUUGGCAACUCAAAUAACCCAUUCCUGGACAUUCCACAUGACCCCAAUGCUGCUGUGUAUAAAACUGGAUUUCUGGCUCGGAAAAUCCAUGCGGAUAUGGAUGGAAAGAAAACUCCCCGGGGAAAACGAGGCUGGAAAACCUUUUAUGCUGUGCUGAAGGGAACAGUCCUGUACUUGCAGAAGGAUGAAUAUAAGCCAGAAAAGGCUUUGUCGGAGGAAGAUCUGAAGAAUGCAGUCAGUGUGCAUCAUGCGCUGGCAUCCAAAGCAACAGACUAUGAGAAGAAACCCAAUGUCCUCAAGCUUAAAACAGCAGAUUGGAGGGUCCUGCUUUUCCAAGCCCAGAGCCAAGAAGAAAUGCAGACCUGGAUCAACAAGAUUAACUGUGUGGCUGCUGUGUUCUCUGCUCCACCAUUUCCAGCGGCAAUUGGCUCUCAGAAAAAGUUCAGUCGCCCACUUCUGCCAGCCACCACUACAAAACUGUCUCAGGAUGAACAGCUGAAGUCUCAUGAAGCUAAGCUGAAGCAGAUCUCCACUGAGCUCGCUGAACAUCGCUCCUAUCCUCCUGACAAGAAGCUUAAAGGCAAGGAAGUAGAUGAUUACAAACUGAAGGACCACUAUCUGGAGUUUGAGAACAGUGAGUCAAUAUUGCCUGGGUCUGAAGGGAUUGUACUAGGCACUGCCGGGCAAGGAAAAUCCAUAGUCUGGAGAAGAGAAAGAGCAGGAAAGUCAGAAAGACCACCAGAGUAGAUCCUGGGAGCAACACAAGCCUCCAGAACUGAAAAAAAUCGCUAUGAGAUUUAUGUUGGCCUCCUGAAAGAAGGGGUGAAGGAGCUGCUGAGCGGAGGAGAGAAUGACACGCCAGGACUGAAGAAAUCCCACUCAAGUCCCUCAUUGAAUCAGGAGUCUCCAGUUAGUGCCAAGGUGAAACGCAAUGUCUCGGAGAGGAAGGACUACAGGCCAGAGACACCCAGCAUUAAGCAGAAGGUCACUUAGGGCGGAUAUGACAACUAGGGGAACAGCCAUGCAGCAAAGUACCGGUGGUCAGAAUUUUUUCAUUUAAUAACCUGUCAUUCACAAAAAAUAAGUGCAUCUGCCUGAAUGGGGUGUUAGUGACAUUUUCUAUUGUAUAUUUUGCUGUUUCUGUGCAGAUUGUGGGAGAUGUCUUUGCUCCUGCUUUGCUUUGCUUUGUUAAUUUAUCAUUUAGCAAUUGAAGCAUUGGAACUUUUUGUGUUGUUCUGUUUCUAAAGGAGGUGGGGGAGGGCUAGAGUGCUGUGAUGUAUAUUCUCUCUCUUCCCCAUUUUUCUCCUCCCAUCAGCAUGUGGCUUUCAUCUCUCGAGUCACUUGUCACUUUAUUUAUGUGGUGGGUGGGAAAAGUAACUGGACAAAUGCUGCUGUGCUGUGAAUGCAAGUGGUAGCUGUGAAAGAAGCUGUGUGCAAACGGGCAGCUGCAGAAGGCUGGCUAGAGCCUACUGUGCUCGGAACAUCGGUUUCCUGACAAUGCAGAGCAUGUUGCCACUGGUACUUAGCAGCGGGUGCUACAGUAAAUAGUCACUGUUGCUUUGUUGUUAUUGCAUUUAUCCUGGACCCAUGAGCGUGAAGGCAUGAAACCUGGAAACCUCUGGCAAUGCUGGGAUGACAGCAUUGGAAUAAUUUGUUUGUUUUCUUCGAAGCAAAGAGUCUUCUCCUGAGGUAGCAGGCUGGGGAGUAUCCUAACCUGUGCUGUCUCUGCAGUCGGGGAGAUUAGGGAUUAUCCAGUUGGAAUGCCUGCCUGGGCUUUAAAUUUAUUUGCAGAGGAGGCUACUGUAGAUGUCAGCCAUUAGCACUGUAUUUUAAAGACAAAGGGCCUCUGUGUAGUUUUUAACUAUGUGUUCUCACUUAGCUGCUAUAUAGAGCCUUAUGCUAUAUUCUGCCCUGAUGCUCCCCCUUCCAGGAGUUUCCUUGUUGGUAUGCGCAAAUAGGUGUUCGCAAUUUCUCUGAUAGUGACAAAGCAUUUUGCCUAUUCUCUUCAGAAAGGGAUUCUCCAGAGCUCUCAAUUUUCCUGCUUUAGCUCACAUAUAGGUGGAAGAGGCUGGUGCAGAUCAGAGAAGCGGAGAAACAAGUCCUCACUGUGGGCCACGGUUUGUAUGCAGUCCUGGCUACUCAAUGCCUGGAGGCUAGCACGAGGCAGCCUCAGCUUUUGCAGAUACUACACUUCCCCCACAGGGAACCAGCCUGCCUUGCAGCUCCUGCAUGCCCUACCAGGCUUUCAGAGGGCGAGUGCAGGACAGGGAGGCCAUUGUGGGUAGUGCUUUCCAUACCUGAAAGCCCCCUGUUUGUGCCACAAACCCUUGGCUUGGCAAAGCAGUCUUCAGGCACAGGGAAUAGAGACAUGAUGUAGAAAUAAUUUUUGUGCUUCUCAAACCCUCUCACCUGGGCAGAAUUGAGGCUCUGCAGAGAGUACUGCCUCGUCUGUUAACUUGACACCCUGGGUUUUAAUCUCAGGGUUGAUACUGCCCUGCCAGGUAAGCUUGGACAGGUCUCUCCCGUUUUGCCUUGCCCUUCACCUGUGUGCAGUAGUACAACCAAACUGGCCUUUUCUGCAGAGCACAUUGGGAGGUAAUGUUGAUGGCCAGUUGAAAAAUCAUUUGUUGCUGUUAUUUUUGUUGUGCCUGGCACAGGGCAGGCUUUCUGGUGGAUGUAAUUCUUAAUGCAUAAAUAAACUUCAAGAUCAAUGCAAGGACUGUUUAGAAAUGUGCUGGUGUUUCCAGCCCAAGUAGUCGAAGGGCCACACAUCAAAAAAAUUACCACCUGAGUAGCUUUGUGCUCUGCCAGACUUCCCGAAGGGUCCAGGUCAAUUAAUUUAGCUUAUUGAGCUGCCAGUCCGGUGGGCAGGACAGGGAGCAGUCAAAGAGAGAAGGACCUUAACAGGCACUUCAUGAUUUCACUUCCUCACCAAGGACCACCGUGUGACAGCUUUGCCUGUGUUAUGCUCACCCUUGGCUUUAACAAAGAUAUUACCCUUCAAGAUGCUGAGAGGUGUUGGAGCAAAUAGACCCUUGCAAUUGCAGUCCAGCAGCAACACCAGAUGGGACUUUUUCCAUGUGUGAUGUUGUGAUGCUCACACAUGUGGCAUCUGCCACUGAGAGUGGGCACCCUGUGCUAUGUCAGGACGUUGGCCCCUAGCCCUGACAAUGUUGCUGAAAACUGCAGAGUCCUGAAUAAACACUGUCAGCACUUCUCAAGCACUGGGACUUUAGAAGCGCUGCGCGCUUACUACAGUGGAGCAAAUGUUCAGCCCUCUUCCUGAAGAAGAGAGAUGCCUUCUGCUGCUGGAGCCAAAGCAAUGUGGUGCAGUGUGCUGUGUUAGGAGGCUCAAUGUAGGCAGGUGUGUGAUAGUGCUCAUUGGGAGGGAUUGUUUGAGUUAAUCAAGUGUGGUAAAUCAACAACUCAUGGAGGAGAAACAAAGCCGGAAGAUCCCUGCAGCUGUUCAUCAUGUUCUGGUGGUUUAAAACAAACAAGCAUAAGAGGGAGACUCAUAAAUUCUUUUGGGGAAUGCUAAAUGCACAUCUGAGAAGAAAACUUGGCUUGUCUUUGAUAACAGCAUUAGGAAGCAUGCAGCAGAAACAAAAAAAAAAGUGCAGAUUUGUAAAUGGGCCCUGCUUGGCUGCGAGGGCGGGGUUGUCUAGAUGAGGUUUUUUAAGGCAGACUGGAACAUACCCAGCAAACCUCUUGUGACUAUGGAGUGCAGUGCUUUAAAAAGGCAAAGAAGUGACAUUUAACUUUUUUUUUUUUUCCCCCCAGCUUUUAAAAUAAUCUGGUUGCUGUAGACUGCAGUUGAAUUGCUGAGCUCAGAAAAAAAUUAUUCCUGUAAAAUGCAUUUCCCAGCUUUGACACAGAAACUGAAUAAUUCCUUCUCAAAGUCAUUGAAAAGGAGAUGAUUUGAAGCAACAGGGAAAGUCAAAAUGUCAAGUGCAACACUGAGAAUUUGUUUUCAUUUUUCAUUAUUUUUUUUCUAUUUCCAUGUAUAUUUCUAAAUGGAUUAGGGUAUAUUUUUUUAAGGUUCAUCUGGGAUUGGCAAAUGCAGUUUUUCACUGCAUUUUUUACUCAUUAAACAUUUGUUGAGCUUGGAGAACUUUUGGUGAGACUGCUGAGGCGUGCAGCUUAGGUUACUGAGAUCUUGUCAGGUUCUGCUCAAUUUUUAAAUAAUGCCAUUUUGCUCUGUUGCUUUGCAAAUUGUAGGCAUCUCAGGCAUCCAAAUGAACAUGCACAUUUUAGAGGCUGAGAGAAAAAGGUGGUCCUGUUAUUGAAUGAGUAAGGCUCCUGGACUUCCUUUGGAAUAGGAUAUUUGCUAAGCAGUACUGUAAUUUGCUUUUUUUGUUUGUUUGUUUUUUUGUUCCCCGUGAUGCUGUUGUAAAGGGUGGAGGUGUGUUCUCAGGAGAUAUCUCAGUGGUGUAUCUUCCUGGGUGGCACCACUGAGAGUCUGGCCAGAUAGCUUUGCAUGGUACCUGGUACCCCGCCUUUCUUUGCUGAAAUGUUUGCCUUUAGCAGAGAUCAGUGCUUGACCUCAGCAACUCGGGAGCUCCUGUUGCUAUAUGUAAGGAUACUCUGGUGGUUUCCAGCCCUCCUCUGGGGCCCACACUGUGUCAGCGUAGCAGCCUGCCACUUUCUGGGGGUGCUCAGUGCAGGCAGGAGUUACUGGCAGAGCACCACAAGCAUGUGUGUGUGUGUGUGUGCAAGCCAGCUUUUGCAUCAGUGAUGCAGGGAGGUCUCAUCCUUCCUUUUAAUUCUCCCUGCUGCAAUGUGCAGCUGUUGCUCAGGCAAAGCCUCUGCCUGCCUGUUGAGAGGAGUGAUGUGUGGAAGAAAGCAGAUUGGGGCCAGUGGGUCCUCACAUCCUCUCUCUCAAGAUGCAGACAGAGGUCCUGGAGGGACCCAUCCUGCUUUGAGGUACUGGUAGUUGUUCACUGUGCAGGGGCUGGACCAGCUCCUCUCUGGCUGAGGGAGGAGGCAGGAGAGGACUUCACUGGGUCUGCACCUGACAUCAGAGAGGCAAGGCAGAAGGACAAAAUUGCCUUCCCCUCUACCCACUCAGCAACCAGAGGAGGUGAGAUACUCUCCCAAAGACAAAACCACACUCUGCUUCAUGAGUCAGCAGGAUGCAGGGGUCUGGUUGAGAUGGUUUUUGUUUCGGAGCAUCUGCAAAAGAGGCUCUCUGGGCUGGCUGUGUGUUUGUGUGCGUCUUGCAGAUAGAUCACGCAUGGACCAGUGAACAUGACUACAGCUUUUAAAUCCAGUAUUUAUGUUGUGUCUUUAAUUGAUGUAGAGAGAUAAAUCAGCCAACAGAGUGAUUAAUGCGGUGGAGCUGGUGAGGAAUGCUGUUCAGCUGCAAAGUCGACUCAGACAGUUUUUCGUCCGUAGCCAGCCACUUGUAAAUGGGCUUGUAAUAGCUCAUCCUUUAAGUGCUUUCCCUCUGAUCCUGCCUGCUCCCAUGGCCUGGUCUGUCCAUGUCUGGGGGCUGCCCUGGAGAGUGGUGCUCAGUGCAGCCCUGCUUUGAGCAGGAGUUUGGACUAGCAGAUCUUUAGAGAACAGAAUUGUUAGAUGACUUUUCACAUCUCCAGUGCCUUCCAAUAACAAGGCUGGUUGUUAUCCUGGCUGGAAACAGCCAAUAUUUUUACUUUUCUCUUGUGAGGGCGUGAGGUUCUUGCUUGAUUAGAGCAGCCCCUUUAGUAAGGAGGAUGUGCCAGUGGAGAAAGUCAAAGGUGUCAGGGUUAUCACUGGGUUUCUGGAAACAUUGCAUGGCAAUGUUCUUCUUGAAAGUGGUGAAGGCUUUUCUCUGCAGAUGGUGUGCCACUUACUGUGUCUGCAUUCUCCAUCACUAAAUCAAUUUUGGCCUUAUCGUGGUUAGUCUGACAGCUCCUCUUCCUUUUCUGUUAAGCUGCUCCUGUCUGUCAUCUUAGCACCUUGGCUUCUUCUGUGUAACAGGUCUCUUUUCCUUCCAUGCUUGCAGAAAUCCAGAGAAUUUGACUGUCCCAUCUUGCAUUGAGAAAACUUUCUCUGAAGCAGUGCUACAUUGAACGGAUAACCCUGUGAACAGCUUUUUCAUCCUGCUUGUUGAUAGCCUGUGUUUCCAGCCAUAAUUAUAGCUGGGAGGUGUGAGAUGGAAUUUCAGACUACUGUGAUCAUCUAGCGUUAUGCUGCAGGGAUGCAAGGUCCCUCCUUCCCACACUCGGACCAGACACUUGUGACAUUCCUCAUCUCCUUUCUAUAAGUCACAUAGGCAACCCAUGCUGUGGGGAAACUUUGAAAUGCUGUUUUGCAAGGAAUUGGGUACUUUCCAAAUCAGGUCAUACGUUUUGCAGCCCUUUAGGGAGCUGUGUUAAAAAACAAACAAACAAACAAACAAACAAACCGUUUUCAAACAGUGUCCUUCAAGCACAAAGAGAUGCUAUCCAGGUUGUCAGAGACACUGUCUGCUUUUGCAGAGGCAAAGGCAGUAUACACACCUUAUCUCAAGCAAUCUCAGCUUGCUGCUUGUUUAAAUUUUCCCCAGUAUUGCUCUCUCCCCAGGCUCUGGGACGUAACAUCUGCUCUGAGAGAGCAGUUAUGAAGUCUGCACUUCUCCCCAGAGCACAACCAGAGCUCCCAAGUGUGUGUUCCCAGCAUCCAAUAUGUAGUCUGCCUAGAGAGGAAAACCGAAGCAGCUGUCUCAGAAACUUAUUUGAAAGAGCUGGUCUCCAUCUUGUGCUUUUUAGAGGAUAUUUUUAGUGCACAUAGAAGCAGUAUGCCUGGCUUCUCCUCACUCCCAGAGCUCUCCCAGCAACAUAGGUGUAGUAUAGUGAUCUGCUUCACCUGAAGCUUCACUGUGUGGGACCUGGACAUUUGCUCCAGCAAGAAGAGGCUUUGUCAGCCUCCAGAGAAAUGGUCUCAACUAAGCUGAGCACCAGUGCACAGGAUAACAAUAUUGUACAAAGAUAGUCAAAAAGCCAGUGCCACCCUCCAUGGCUGGUCACCUGCUGGGGACUGUGUGCUCAAGCAUUGCCCUCAGUGCUGGGGUUAAUUAGAAAUGUUGACUUCUUUUUCCAGCUGCACUGUGCUGCUUGAAGAACCGUCCCUAUCACCUGCUGCUUUUCUCCAUUGUGACAGCAGCACCCUCUUCCAGCAGCACCGAAGUCCAAUUGUCAGGAGCCUGGUUCAAAUAAGAGCAAGGAGGAUAGGUCCCAGAGAAAUGUGUCCAGGUGCCAUCUGGGAAUAUCUGCUCUCCAGCUGGCAACAUCCAGUUGAACAGUGAAAGGAGACAAGCUCAGCCCUGCCGGAGAGGAGGGCUUGUCCAUUUUGUUAGCUGCGUCAAGGCUGUAAUUUGAUUAUUUAUUAGAGCACUUCCCUUAGCAAAAGCAAAGCAACUGCUUUCCCAAAGGCCACACUAUUUACCUGUCUUUGCUCUGGUGGUCAGAAGGAGCAAAUUUAGGCCAGCCCAAAGCAUUCUCUGUCCUCCCCUUUGAACAAUGAACUACUCUGUAAAAAUUAUAAAUGUUUAAACAAUGAGGCAUCUCCGGUGGCAUCUGCUGUUUAAUCUGUGCCAGGAAUCAGCUGAGGUAUAGGCCAGAGGUAUAUCUGAACCAAGAAAAAGUACAUCACUUAGCAAUGCGAGGAUUAAAAGUACUACAAACUGCAAGGGCAUGAUUUUUCUUUGACAUAAUCCAUUGUAAUUAGUGGCCACUCUAUAUUAGUGGUCCUGUGUGUAACUCACCUAGAUGAGACCAGCACAAGAAGAUACUUUUUGUCCAAGCAGGCAAGGUUUCUGCUUCACCUUGGGCCAAAUGAAUAUCCUGGUGCAACCACAGAUCAGCUAGUCAAGUUGCCAUGGAGACUUGUUUGAUGUAAAAUCCUCUGACUUCCCUGAGGCUCUUGCUGGGAGAAGGAAGAUCAAGGACAUCCAGUCUGUGUCAUGGCACAGGACAAACUCUGUUGGUGAUAUAAGUCUUAAAUCACACACUUAUGAAAACCUCAUGCUCAGUGCUGUGAAAUUCUGAAUGACUGUAGGAUGAGAACAGGGCUGGGUUGUGUGGGGAUUUUUAGUUUGUGCAUAUUCGUGACAACUGGAGGCUGGGAUUAUAACUUUGCUAAAAGAACAGUUUUUUGGCAGUUUGAAAGCUUUUAAAUGACUAUUCUUUGUGUGAGGAACAAUCUGAGGCUUACAUUACUUGGUGAACAUGUUUAAGUGAUGCCUGUAGAUGUAUGUAUGUAUUUCAUAGGUACAGUAUGCCUUCUGUGGUCAGCACUCCAAAGCCUGCUGUUCUUUUCUGAGGCUUAUUUUGGUUAAAGCACAUCAGCAGCUGCAAACUUUGUUAGGAUGCUUGUUAUUUUAGUUGUUCUCAAAUUAGGUUAAACAGUUAUCAGAGCUUUUAUAGAUUUAGGGUAUCCCUUGAACUGCCUGGAUCUCCAUGUGUUGUCCACCAGGGGCUUGCUGUUGUCCUGCAUGUCAUAAGCAGAGGCAUAUAUUUGGAAGUUUAAGCAAGGAUUACUCAAUAGGAUUUUCUGCUAGCUUAACACUGGGCUAACUCUCCCCCUGUUGAUGUCAGAUGAUGCCUGCACUAGCAACAUCCAUGCUGACUUCUGAAAAAUCACACUGUGGAUCUAAUACACAGCUUCACUUCUGAUAAAGUUGACCUCCCUCUGUGAAAACUGAGCAAGGGGACAUCAUGUCCACAAGUGUCCAAGCAGGACAGGUGCCUGUGAUGUCUCCUGCAGUACAGUCGUAUGGCAGUAGUGAGGGUUUCUUUCUGUAACUGUACAGAUUUACAGAAGAAUGUCUAGCUCUUAGCAGGGAAGAGAGGAGCAGCAGGGCUGACAUAUCUCCUGGGCGCCUCGAAUGCCUCCCAGAGGUUUCCUUUGGGAGGUUUAAAGAACCUUUUGACAAGUUGCUGGUCUAAGUAAAAAUACCUAAGGAAACCCAAUGGGUUUUCCUAUUGUGCUUGAGUCAGGUCAACAUUAGCAUUGUCUGCAUUAUUCCUGGGAAAGGAGAGCAAAGUCUGAGGGUGGGAUUCUUACCUGGAAUCAUAAAAGUCUUAUCAUGGACUUACCUUGAAGCACUUGAGCAACCUCAGUGAGGCCAUGCCUUUGUACUUCACUGGACUGUGGCCAGAGUCAUUGUGUCUUGCAGGACUGAGACACAAGUGGACUGCAGCUCAAGAAGAAAUGAAGACGGACAUCCCCAUCACCUUGCUUGGGUGAUCUGUAAUCCUGCAAUCCUUUUUCAGGUGCUGAUCUCUCUUGGUUACCUGCAUCCCAUGGUGAUGCAGUGCAAAGAUGUGGGUAAGCACUAUCACACUUGGACUCACAGUCAGGAAGUGUCAUUGGCCUUCCACCUGAGUUGUUGCAGUGUUUUUUCCCCUUAGGCCAAGAAAGGGGACUGAAUUUUCAGUUUUUGUUGUGUGGUACCCACACAGGAAGAGUAACUCUUGGUAGUGGUAGAGCAGAAAAACAUUUUGCAUGUGUGUAUACCAUACCCUUUGCAUCUCUUGUGUGCAGACCUAACCUUACAGGGCCUGACAGCAGUCCUUGCAAGAACUUUCCUCUGGGUGGCCUCCUAUCCCCUUUGCCAAGUACAGAAACCUUAUUUCUGGUAAUGUUGAACUCAGUUUAUUCUCAUCACUGGAUCACUGGAGUGUUUUUCGUGCAACACACUAGAGACAGUCCCAGUCUCACUACUUCGUGGUAACUUCUUUGUCUGCUGUGAAGCAGCAUUGAGGUAAUCAUUACACCUUUUCCAGCAGCGUGAAACUUGCUGCUCUGACUCUUGGGGCAGUCGUCGUCUCAGGUUUGAGGCUGUCCUGCCACCAGGGCACCCCGUUUUGUCCCUGGGAACAUGCAUGGCCAGAAAAGCAUACUCUUCAGUGGUCAGAGUCAGAGCUGUGUAGAUAUAAGUUGAACCCUGGUUCAUGGGAGAUGUUUCCAUGUGCUGCUGAGGUCCAUAAGGACUCAGACGUAUACUUGCUUACACAGAGAUGCUUUCCUGAAGCAGAAUUUGUCACUCUUUUCUACAGGUACCAGAGGAUGCCCUCCCUUAUUCUGCCUCAUAUAACUGGUACUAGAAUGAUCAUUUCCUGACAAAUGAAGGCACUUAAUCAGUCCUCUUCCACUUGGGAGAGGGACUUUUGGGGAUAUUGUUAUAUCAUUUGAAAUAAUAUUUUGGAAUUUAAGUUUACAUUGCUUUAUUUUUCACUUGAGGUGACUGUAUAUAAAUAUUUUCCUCUAUUUUAUCAUUGCUGAUAAAGUAAGCCUAUGGUAUACAGACAAAUAAUUUGCCUUUGAUGUAUUGAAACUGUGAGAUAUAAAGUAGACUUCUCUCUCGUGUCCAUGUUCCUGACUAUAACUCUGUUCUUCUGUGUUUUUAUAAGUUGGAAUAAAUGUUGCUUACGGGCAACGGAGAGCCUGCAAGCUUCCCAAGAAUUUUUAUGUAACUGAAAUCAAGCAGCCCUAGUGAAGGAUCUCACAUAUGUAUAAUGAUAUAUGUAUAUGUACAAACUUUAGAAAGAAAUAAACCAAAUCUAUUUCAUCUUC